CUUCCAUAUUCGAUUUUGCUAUUACACGUGUAAUACCCUAUCCCAAUGAACCGUCAAUCACCGACAGCCUGUGAACCGACUCAAGAUGCGUCUUUCCGAAACUAUGCCUUUCGAUUGCCCUGUACUCAUUCGCACAUAAAGCGGGGUUUUCCUGCUGAGUUACACAUUGUCUGACCUGCUGAGAUUGCCAAACACUCACUUGGGUAUGGGCAUCAGGUGCACACCUAGGUAGGCGCCGAAGGGAGGGGUGAGCGGCAACCACUUCAGGCAUCUUCAGCCUUGUGUCUCGAUCAACUCUCUUCAAACUUUCCCCCUCGCAGUUGGCCUUCGCUGUGAGGAUUCUGUAAGGCGACCGAAGGCCGAUAUGGACCCAUUGAGUAUCACAGCGACCGUGCUGAAGAUCACCACCAGCUGUAUUUCAGCCGCAAAGGACCUCAACGAUAUCCGUCAGGCAUGGAAACGGGCGCCGACAACCGUGAAGUCGCUCUGCUCUCAGCUGAAGCUCACCGCGGCUUCGCUCUCACAAAUCCAGUCUCUCCUGCUUAAGGACCAGGAGAUACUAGGACGCCAGCCGGAACUCCAGGAGGCGUUCGAUACUGCGCUCACAGCCUGCUUAGUUCUCACCACCCUGCUCGACAAGUAUAUGCUCAGCAUCAAAAAGAGCCUUCUUCAUGGCACCAGGAGGUCAUGGAAAGUCAAUUUCAAGACCGUCUGGAAUGAAAGUGAAAUUAAAGAGCUCUUAGAGCAGUUGCAUGGCCAGCAAGUAGCCAUAGGUGCUUUGGUUAGCCUCCUACAGGUAGACUCGAUUUCAGCGAUGAAACGGCAGCUGAAAGAGCACAAACGCCUUCUACGUCGGAUAGCGGCCGAUACCAGACACCUGCGACGAACGCACGCGAUCGAUGCUCCAGAAUCAGUUUUCGAGUCCGACGCCUCAAAUGCCAGCAUCAUUGAUAAGCUGGCCGACCGCGAGCCUGAUCAAGCAGCUACGCUGCAUGCUACGUUCGAAUCGUUGGUCCUUGCCCCGCAAGUCUACAAGAAGACCUUCACGGGCAUGCUCGAACCCACCACCGAUGAUCAAUCGGACGACACACGUACCAUC